AUGAAGCCUUUGAAGCUGUUCUGCGUAGGACUGUUGUUGUGCCCUGUGCUUUGUUUCUUGUUAGAGACACCUACUCCUCCUUCAGCUUUACUUACCUUUGAAUUGAAAGAAAAAGCAGGAUUGAAAUCAGGUGCAAUGAGUGUAUUUGCUAUUAGGAUGAAUGUUCCUGACUUCGAAAGACAAAAGACUCAAGUCUCAGGACUCCAGAGGUCUUGGACAAGCAAGUUAAAAAAUUAUCUGUCAGAUUUCUUCAAGAGCUCCAUACCUCCAGCAGCCAUUUUUGCUUUUUUUGUCACCAUAGCACUAAUGGAGAUAGCCAUAGAGAAUAAAGGAUUUAAAGAGCCUCACAGACAGUGGACAAGAGAAGUCCUUCUAGAAUCUGAACCUAAUAAAGGCCUGAGUGAGCGAACUCCUCAGGACCAGGUUCAAGGGAGCAACUGCCUAGGGAACAACGCAAGUCAGACACUUCUGCAGCACCAGGUGAACCAGUUUACUGAAGAACUGGAUGGCUUAAUGGGGAAAGUGUGGUAUCUAAGUCAACAGGUUCCAAGAGCUGGAGAAUUUGCUGUGUGCUUAAAGUGA